AUGAAUAAUUUUUUUUUUUCAGUAACAUCUAUAUUAUUUUUUUCAUAUUUAUGCAAAGGAAAUUCCAUUGAUUAUUCACCUAAUAAAAUCUUUUUAAAAUAUAAAGAUAAAUAUUGUCUAUAUCCCGAAAAUCUUAUUGGAAAUAAAAUAUUUGAAAUAGCGGCAGAUAAAUGUGACAAAAUAGCACAUGAAAAUGAGAAUAAAAUUGUUUGGUUGUCUUUUAAUGAUGGAAGAUUAAAAACUCAAAAUGGAAUGUGCUUAAAAACUUAUAAAAACUUUUUAAUAAUUUCUACUUGUUCUCCUGAUAAAAAUGAAAAAUCUGAAAUAUGGAUUAUAGAUGAAGAAAAACGUUUGAAAAAUGAAAAUAAUAUUUGCGCUCAAAUUGCUGGGGAUAAAUUAUUUUCUUUUAUAUGUAAUGAAUUAUCUACUAAGGAAUUUGAAAUGAAAAUGUAUACCUUAGAGGAAAUGAAUUUAAUGAAAACAAGAUAUUCUCAAAAAAAACUUCAAAAUGUGAAUACAGAGUAUUUAGAAAAUUUACAUAAUAAGUCUAAUAUUUUAAUAAGUAAUUAUAAUGAAUUAGAAAAAGAAAUAGAAAUAAUCAUAAAAGAAGAGGAAGAAAUAAAAAAAGAAAAAGAAAGGAUGAAAAAUCUAAUGAAUGAUAUAAAAUUAUUGAUAAACACAUCUUCCUCAUUAAAUGAUUAUGGCACGGGUGCUUUAAUGAAAGUGUAUGAUAGUAAUAAUAUAAUAAAGAAAAAAAAUUUAUUAAGAGUUCCAUUAGAAAAGUUAGAAAUAAAUGAAGAAACUUUAAAUGAAUUAGGCAUAGAAAAUGGGGAAGUAAAAAUUAUAAUUCAAAGUUUUCUAAAUGUACCAGAUAGUAAUUAUUAUACUUUUGUUGCAAGAAAUAUAAAAGGGAAUUUAAUUAUAAAAUUAGAUAAUGAAGAAAUUAUUUCCAAUAUGGAUACACAAAUUGAUACAAGUAUAACUAGUUCUCUUGUAUAUUUAUCAAAAAACAAAUUAGUACCAUUAUAUAUAGAAAUAUCAUCAAAAGAAAAAAAACCAUCUUUUACUUUAUAUUGGAGUAGCAAAUUUCUUCCCGAACAAGUGAUAACCUCUUUAUAUUUAUAUACAACUAUAUAUGAAAAAGUCUGCUACACAGAUAUUCAAAAAAAAGUAGAUUGCUCAUCAACCUUUGAAAAUAUUCAUAAAAAAAAUCAAGAAUUCCACUUUUUAUGUCCUUCUGAUUGCUUCGUAAAAGAAAAAUAUACUGUAUAUAAAAAAAGUAACUCUUGUUAUGAACUAAAAUCUAGCAUAUGCUUAUCAGCAAUAGAUUCUAAUUUUCUACCCACUGAUAGUGGAGGGAUUAUAAAGGUAAUGAUAAAAAGCGUUAAAAGCGACGAAGGAAAUUACAAAGAAUGCGGCAUAAUAUUACCGACAAAUAUGAAUGAUCAUACUUUUAAAGGAAUAACAGAUAUUAAAUUAAUUGAUACAGAUGAUUUUUUUAAUAAUUAUGAUAAAAAUAGAGAAAUAUAUAAAGGAUAUAAAGGAAUAGUCACUGAUGAUAAGCAUGCAUUAUUAACAAAAACAGAUCUAUCUAAAAGAUAUAUUUCUGAUAUUGAUAUAAAUUGUCAUAAUAAUCUAAAAGAAAAUUAUGAAUUUGGUUCAGGUUCUUUUGUUGUAACAAGGAUAAAAUCAUCCAAUUUGACAAGUGAUGAAAAAUCUGUUGUUGUUGAUGCUUUUGCACUUUUUGAUAAAUACAUUAACGAACAUAUUCCUGUUAAUUUAUCUGAUUGGACAAGAAAAGCUUGUAAUAAUAUUCAGUUAUACGUUAAAUAUGGAAAAUCAAAUGAAGUUAUGAAAUAUCCGUCUAUGUUAUUAUCAUGUGAUGAUACAUUUGAAGAUAUUCAACUGGAUGACGACAAGGUAACAAUUGCACGAUGCUUGCCAUUUUGUCUUAAUGAUAAGGAAGUAUUUGGUUCUUAUAUAUAUAGUCCAAGUUCAGCUAUAUGUAAAUCUGCAAUUCACUCAGGAAUCAUAACAUAUAACGGUGGAUUAAUUGAGAUAACAAAACUAAGAAAUAUCACACAAUCAUAUAAUAAUACAGUAAGCAUAACAAGAAAUGGUGUGAAAGCAAUUAUAACUAAUAACAAAAAUACGGAUUCUUACUAUAUAUCAAAACCAAAUGGUUCUAUAUGCAAUUUUCCAAGAACUUCUUAUAAUGUCAAUAAAUCACUAAAUAUAGAAGAUGAUUUUUUUUCCUUUAUUCAAAUAAAUUCAAAAUUAUUCGAAAACCCUCCUGUUGUUUUAGUAUCCGAAAAGCAUGCAGCUUUGCAAAACCAAUUAUACAACAUGCAGAAUGUAUAUAACACAAAAAAUUAUAAAGAAAAUUUUUUUUUAGUUGAAAAUACAAAAGAAGAAUUAAAGGAAAUUACUCCUAGUGAUUAUAAUGAUGAAAAAUUAAUGGAAGAAUUUAGCAGAUUUCAACAUACUUAUAAAGAACAAAAGGAACACAUCGAAAAAUUAACAAAGAAAUCUCAAAUGAUUUUCUCAGAUCUUUUUAGUAAAAAAAAUGCCAUAAAUAAUUUAAAUAAAAAAUUAUCAAAUAUUAGAAUAGAACAAAAGAGUAACGAUUCUUUUUUAAAGAUAAAUAAAUCUGCUGCUUUUUCCUUAAUUAAACAAUUCGAUAUGAUUACAAAAAAAAAAAAAUAUAUUAUACAAAGAUUAGAAAAAUCUCUAUCUAAUAUUAAACCAAUAACUAUUGAAACAUUUCAGGAAAAUUAUGAUUCAAUAAAUAUAAAUGAUAAUUACAUAAUCAAAGACAGCAAUAGAAAUAUCAAUGGGCCAUCAAAUUGGAAAAUAGAAAAAUAUACAAAUGGGAAUCUUUUUUCAUCUAUAACUGAUGAUAGUUUCAUAAAAUCAAGUGAAGAUUUAUAUGGAUCUUAUAUACUUUGUAGAUACACAAAGUUGUACAAAGGAUUCAUUUCAGUAGAUAUUAAAAUUCCAUAUGAAGGAAAUGUAGGAAUAAUUUUUAAAUAUAAAGAUCAUAAUAAUUAUAACAAUUUUAUAAUAAGUAGGAAAGAAUUUUAUUUUGUUGAAGUUAUUAAUGGGAAACAAAGUAAAAAAAUUAAUCAAAAAAAAAUAGAUGACUCAUAUAAUUUAGGGAUGUGGACUAAAAUAUAUAUUGAUUUUGGAUAUAAAUAUAUUAGGUCAUAUUUAAAUGAAAAAUAUGUUAACGGUUAUGAAACAAAAAAUGAUACAAGUGGACUACUAGGUUUUGGUGUAAAUAAUUGUAAAGAUAAAAUCUUUAUUGAUAAAAUUGUAAUAGGUUCCUUGUAUGAAGCUAAAUAUUAUAAAAACAGUGUUUUUGAUAAGAUUAUAAAUAAAUAUUAUCAGAAAAAAACAUUAGAAAAAGAAAAUGAAAAAGCAGAAAAUAUUAAAAAUAAUAGAAAAAAAAAUGAAAAAGAAUGCAAAAAAUAUGAAGAAAUAUUUAAUGUUCCACUGGAAAAUAAUUGGAUAAUUCCUGUCAACACCUACUGGAACGUUGAAAAUAAUUUUAACACUAUUUUAAAUAAUAAUAAAAAUGAUGAUAAUUACUUAUAUUCUAUACAAAAGAACAAAGGAAAUUUAGUUAUACCAUCAAUUAUACUUUUAAAAAAACAGAAUAUAUGUGAUGAAAUAAAAUCCUAUACAUUUCAAUCAUCUGUUAAUUUAAAAAAAUUAUCAAAAGCAGGAAUCAUUUUUAGGGUUUUAUCUUCUGAUGACUUUUUAUCUGUUAUACUAGACAUUUCAGAAUUAUUAGGAAAAAUAUAUCUGAUGAAAAUCACCAAAGGAAUUCCAUAUCAAUUAAUAGCACCAACACAUAUACCAAUUAAACAUAAUGUAUGGUUUAAUUUAAAAAUUUAUUAUAAUGGAUCUAAUAUAAAUAUUACUCUUAACGAUGAAAUGGUAUUAAACUCAAAAUUCAAUGAGUAUUUUGAUGAUUUAGGCAAUGUUGGGUUAAUAGUUCUAAAAGGAGAAUCAAAAUUUAAGAAUAUUAAAUUUGUACCCAAUAAUUUAUAA